AUGUUGUUCUCCAAAAGCCUUACUUUCUUUGCCACUCUCGCAGCCACAGCCUCGGCGUUGCCUUUUGGCAUUCGUGACAGCGUCAUUGAACCUACCGCAACAACCGUCGCCACUUCCACCAUCACUCUUGUGCCCGCCUCUUCGGUCUCCUCGACCUCAUCGGCCUCGGCCUCGGUUACCGCGUCUUCUACUGCCUCCGCUAGCACUAGCACCAGCACCAGCGGCAGCGUGAAGAUCGUCAACAACCUCGAUAAGACUGUCUACUUGUGGUCCACCUCCAAUGAGUCUAGCAGCAUGAAAACACUGUCUUCCAACGGUGGUACCUACUCUGAGUCUUGGCAGACCAACUCUGAUGGAGGUGGCAUCUCCAUCAAGAUGGCCACCACCGAGAGCGAGGACAGCGUUCUGCAGUUUGAAUACACCAAGACCGACGAGACAAUUUGGUGGGACCUUUCUUCCAUUAACCUUGCGUCUACCUCCGAGUUCAUUUCCUCUGGCUUCGCUGUGACUUCUGAUGACUCGAGCUGCGCAACCGCUUCGUGCUCUGCUGGUGACACCGACUGUGCGGAUUCUUAUCAGGAGUCUGAUGAUGUGGAUACACGCAGCUGCUCAUCCAGUGCCGCCUUUACCAUGACUAUUGGUUAA